CGCGACGCGACGCGGCUCACCUCACCUCGCCGUCGAGGUUAGGGUAACUCUCGCGGUCAUCACUUGAACGGGUGGUGUGUGUGCCGGUGGUAUGGGCUGCGUGCGCGUUUCCUCGCUGCCGGCGCGACGCGCGAGCGGGGGCGCCGUAACAGAAACGCGUGCUGCUCUCUCCGCCUAGUCGCCUGUCCGCGCCAGCCCACUUGCUCGCUCGCUCGCUCGCUCCUGUCGUUCUGUCCUGUCGCCGCUCGCCCGCUUCUGGUGAAUUCGUAUGGUGAAUUAUUGAUCCGCGGCGGCGUGUGCGUGCGGAAAAACCGCCGUUGGUUGGAAGAGAGAAAGGGUAGAAGGUAGGGGGUAGAGAGAGAGAGAGAGAGAGGGUAGGGGUGACGGAGCUGAAGCCGCGGAGUGGCGCACGGUGGUGGCGCGAGAAAGCGCUUAAAGCGAGUACACGUACGGGGUGAGACGUGCGCUGGUUGGUGUGUUGGUUGUAUAUUGUUUUGAAAAGUGUCGCGGCGCGCGCGGACGCACGCGACGCAUCACGUCACGUCACGUCACGUCACAUCACAUCGCGUCGCGUCACAUCGGAUCCGAUCGUAUCGCAUCGCGUCGCGUCGCGUCGCGUCGCCGUGGCCUCAGUCGCGAGACUCGCGAGGCGCCAAGUUGAAUCGGAGAGUACACCGCCGAGAGAUCGUCCGUCUCUCAGUCUCUAGACGAAGGUAUAGAGCGAACGAAGUGUACAUCCUGAGUGCGUCGCCUCCUUUGAUACGUCCGUAAUAACGUAAUAACGGUGCCGUACGUCCGUCGCACCGCGAGCGCGUCGGGUUCCUUCGUCUUUCCGUUCCGCGAAUUACUCCAUCCAUCCGUUCAUGCGUGCGUAAACGCGAGAACGGGAACGAACGGCGGGAAAAGCGUGCGUGGGUAAUGCAUGCGAGAGGCGUCGCGGCGCGACGCGCGACGAGGAAGUUAUUCAAGGGAAACCGGUGAAUACACCGGGUGUGACGCGGAGUGAGACGGGAAGGCCGAAGGAGGGUAAAUCCUUUCCGUGAUCUUCCGUGCCCCACGACGACGGGACUGUCGGGUGAAAUUGCGAAGGACGCGUGAAACGACGUGUAAUCCAAUCCGGCCCGGGGGGGAGGGAUCAGGAGUGUCAAGAGUAAGUGCCCUGUCGUCGUCGGACUACGCCGACGACGACGUAGAAAAGGUGGAGGAGAAGAUCAGUGCCGUCGCGCGGAGGAAACUCGAGGGGAAACCCGGCGUCGUUUUGUGUCGUUUUGCCGUAUACGAUCGCUGCUGAACGCGCUCCGAUAAUCCCGGAGGAAGGCAACGUCCUAUCUUCGCCACCGCGGGGCUUGGAUGGAUACUGUGCAUUAUUUCUGGAGUGUACCCACGUCGCCGUCAUCCUGACCUGCCCGAGAAAUCCUCAUGAAAGACUGGGAACUCAGUACUCAGAAUAGCAUCGGCAGUGCGGUGGCUGCAGCCGACACCAUUUCCGCGCCGUGGACCCCCGCGAGUUCCGGGCCGCCGCCCGACGCCAACGGCUCCGGCUCGGAUACGAAGAACCUCGACGUUGGCGAAAUUAGCGAUGACGAGAAGGACUUGUCGGCAGCGGACGCGGAGGGUGUGUGGUCGCCGGAUAUCGAACAGAGCUUCCAGGAAGCUCUUACCAUAUAUCCGCCAUGUGGUCGACGCAAAAUCAUCCUUUCCGACGAAGGGAAGAUGUACGGUCGCAACGAGCUGAUCGCCCGUUAUAUCAAAUUGAGGACCGGUAAGACGAGAACGCGAAAACAAGUAUCCUCGCACAUACAGGUUCUCGCGAGAAGAAAACUUCGGGAAAUACAGGCAAAACUUAAAGUGGAUCAUGCCGCCAAGGAGAAGGCGCUCCAGACAAUGUCAAGCAUGUCAAGCGCCCAAAUAGUAUCAGCUGGAAGCGCGAUACACAACAAGAUGCCCCUCAUGGGCGGGACCCUUGCCCUUCAUGCUUCCACCCCUGUCUCCUAUCCCGGAGCGCAAUUUUGGCAGCCAGGCCUGCAACCAGGAACGUCCCAGGAUGUCAAACCUUUCCCUCAGCCUGCCUACACCGGAAAACCUGCGACUGCGGUCUCGAGCGGUGAUUUGGUCCAAGCGCAGCCUGCACCACCAUGGGAAGGACGUGCUAUCGCGACUCACAAGCUCAGGCUUGUUGAGUUUUCGGCCUACAUGGAACAACAAAGAGAACAGGAGAUUUACCACAAACACCUGUUCGUUCAUAUAGGAGGUUCCGCGACAUACGCCGAUCCGCUAUUAGAAGCGGUCGAUGUUAAACAGAUAUAUGACAAAUUCCCGGAAAAGAAGGGCGGUCUUAAAGAACUUUACGAUAAAGGACCGCAAGCAGCUUUCUUCCUCGUUAAGUUUUGGGCUGAUCUCAAUAGUAACAUCCAAGACGAAAGUGGAGUAUUUUACGGCGUCACGAGCCAGUACGAGAGCAACGAGAACAUGACGAUAACAUGUUCGACGAAAGUAUGCUCUUUCGGAAAGCAGGUAGUAGAGAAGGUAGAGACGGAGUAUGCCAGGUUUGAGAAUGGCAGGUUCGUUUAUCGUAUUAGCCGUUCACCUAUGUGCGAAUAUAUGAUUAAUUUCAUUCACAAACUGAAGCACCUGCCAGAAAAGUACAUGAUGAAUAGCGUUCUCGAAAAUUUCACCAUCCUUCAGGUUGUCACGAACAGGGAUACGCAGGAAACGUUAUUGUGUACGGCAUAUGUGUUCGAAGUAUCAGCAUCUGAACACGGUGCUCAGCAUCACAUAUACAGAUUGGUCCAAGACUAG